AAAUGGCAGAGCGUCACGAUGCCAAGAUUGUCCUCCAUACAGCACGGAACUUGGUCCUGCAACUUCAGACUCUGAUUGAAAACAAGUAGACAGCUUGAUGUGUCUCAUGUGCCAAAUCUUCAUGUGUUUCACUUUCAUAGAUACAUUUAUUGUUUACACAUUAAU